ACCUCCUCCCGUCUCUGCUCACGUGACGUCACCCAUUGGCACUCCCUUCCCCUCAGUAGAGGGAGAAAGAUGGCGCCCACACACGUACUGAGAUGCUGUCAACGGGGUUUAGCAUGGAUCCCUGUGAUUUUUAUCGCCCUGGUCGUCUGCUGGUCGUAUUACGCGUACGUGCUGGAGCUUUGUAUAUUCACCAUCCCCAGUAUAGGAGAGCAGAUCGUCUACUUGAUCUUCUUCCACCUCUCUUUCGUCAUGUUUGUAUGGUCUUACUGGAAGACCAUCUUCACCAAACCUGCCAACCCCUCCAAAGAGUUCUGCCUGCCAAAGGCUGAGAAGGAGCGUUAUGAGAAGGAGGAGAGGCCAGAGUCCCAGCAAGAGAUCCUGUGGAGAGCUGCCACCAGUCUGCCUCUGUACACCCGCACAGGAGCCGGAGCGAUCCGUUACUGUGACCGCUGUCAAGUCAUCAAGCCAGACCGCUGCCAUCACUGCUCUGCGUGUGACAUGUGCGUCUUGAAGAUGGACCACCAUUGUCCCUGGGUCAACAACUGUGUUGGAUUCUCCAACUACAAGUUCUUCAUCCUCUUCCUGGCCUACUCGCUGGUGUACUGUUUGUUCAUUGCGGCCACGGUGCUGCAGUAUUUCAUAAAGUUCUGGACAAACGAGCUGCACGACACUCCCGCCAAAUUCCAUGUCUUGUUUCUCUUUUUUGUGGCGGCCAUGUUCUGCAUCAGUAUUUUGUCCCUCUUCAGCUACCACCUGUGGCUUGUAGGGAAGAACAGGUCCACUAUAGAGGCGUUCAGAGCACCGGUCUUUAGAACGGGCUCUGAUAAGAACGGAUUCUCUCUGGGUUUCCGGAAGAAUAUCGCUCAGGUGUUUGGAGACGAGAAGAAGUACUGGCUGCUGCCAAUCUUUACCAGUCAGGGAGACGGGCUUACGUUCCCAACACGGCUUGUCAACGCUGAUGUAGAGCAAGCCACCGUCACCCUGCACCCUGAGUCCGAUAAAAGUGCUGCUGAAGUCCCUGCGAGCCCUCUCAGCGACUCACAGAAUCGCCUCCUGAGCAACGACCAGCAUGCCAACAAUGUUGGAGACCAUCUGGCUAACCACACUCUCAAAUCAGCUGAAAGUGAAACCAUCACAAUCUCCAUGGAGAGCGAGUCCUAACCAGGAGAAACUCCGUCAUCUAAUACAAUGCCUUAAGAAAUGCAACAGUUUGGUGUGUCACCCUGGCACCAGUCAGACCCCUUCAGAGUAACUAUGGAAAUGCAUUUUUACAUCCAUGGUGUUGGCAUUUUACGCAUGCAGUGUCGUUGACAAACCUCACACCUACCCCCACAGGACAUGUGAUACAAGCUGGUCCCCUCACACACCAACACACACACACACACUAACAGUCAAUGAUAAACAUAUUUUCUUGUGUUGUUAAGUUUUUCUCACAGCUGGAGCAUUUAUUGAUGAUUGAAGAAUCCUGGAGAAAUAUGAGCUACUUUUUGUGUUAAUGUGCCAAAAGUAUAAUUAGUGGGCACGAAGCUGAAGUGAAGAGGAGGAGAGGAGGAAAGCUGGAGCCGUUUGUUUCUCUCUCUGUGUUUUUUGAAAAGAAAGGCAGUACAUCUUGUGAAGUGGACAGUCUACCUGUGUGACCUUUAUUCUUCUUUUGUUUAUUAACUCGUCAUGUUGGAGCGUAUCCGUGGUCUGCACCUUUUCUGAGAUGGAUGUUUCCCUCCAGAACCUGGACUAUCUUACAAUGAAGACUGUUGCUGGGUUUUGGACGGCGUUUUUGGAUAUCAGAGCACAAGAUGGCACAUUUGCACUUUGUCGAUUAUCAAUGUCCAUCAAACAACGUGCUGCUUUUCUUUUUUCUUUUUUUCUUUCUUUGGUCCCGAAGCAUCGCAGGUAUAACGGCUGUAGGUUGAGCAUGUGGUUCAUGGCGUUUUAAUUGUGUGUGUGAGUGUGUUAACGUUUAAGUGGCAGUGUCUUUUUUUCUUUCUUUAAAGUGUAACAAACUAAAAGAAUCAGCUUUAUGUGUUUUUGUGGCCACCUUGUGUUCAGACAUGCUGCUUUUACAUGAACAGGUUGACCUGAGAGAUGUAUCUCAUACUGUGCAAUGUGCAGCAUCCAUCACUACCUGUUGUUUUAGUGUCAGUCAUUCAAAGCCCACAGUGUCCACAUCCUCUUUUUUGUACAGCUCAGCGCUUCAACCUUUACUAAGACGACAACUCUCAUUGCCAAAUAAGGGCUCUGACCUCUGAAUCUGAAGUGUUUACAGCAUCCUAGCUUUAUCUUCACUGGCCAAUGUCAUCGUAACCAAAUCUUACUCACUCGUCUUUGUGGCACAAUAUUUUCUACAAGUUAUCUCUGUCCCUCCUGCCUCUCGUGGGCCAUGAUGUCCUUGCAUUUCUGCUGUUGGCCAGAAGGUGGCGACAUGUUAUCUGCCAUCACUUCUGACUUUCUACAUGUGGCUCAGGGUUCAAUUCUCUUUCAAUUUGCAAGUUCAUGUUUCUUUAGAAUAAAAUGCCUUUUUUUAAUAUUUAACCAACCUACAAUCUUUUCUUAUCAUUUACUAUUAAUCGCCUAUAUUUCUUUAAAAAUGAAAGUGAAUUGAACCCGCCUUAUCUCCUGAAAAUGACUAUCUCCUGUUUGUCUACUCUGUAUGCACCUGAGAUGUGGCUCUUGUUGUGCUUCAAGAGAUUUUGGUAACAGUCCGAUCCGUCAGUGUUAAACACCUGGGAUGUUGAAAUGACGCAGCAGGUCCGUUAAACUCUGUAACAGAAGCAUUUUAAAGCAUUAGAUGUUGUUCAUCAUGCAUAUCACUGUAUGUGAAUAAACUUUUUUUUUGUCAGUAUAACCAAAUAACAAGUAUUCAGGAAUGAGUUCAAUGCUUUUCCAUGGAAUUUUGUUAUUUAUAUGCAACUUUCCAGACCAUCGGAGGCAGCAAAUUCCUGAUUUGUGUAUCUGAUCACAUCCCUGACUGAGCCUCCUUCUAACUCAGCUCCACCAGACUCUGGUGAAGUUCCAGUUUACAGCUGUGUAUCUCGUGUAGAGUGGAUUAGUGGUGUCGUGAGAUGUUUUUAUUGUCACCGUUGUGCUGAAUGUACCACAGAUGAAACAGUCUUUGGUUUUAACUGAGGGUUUAAAACAGCUGGUUCUUUAUGUUUACGUUUCAUCCUCCCAAUCAUGUCUGACCUUUUUGAGCCCAAGUGUAUUUAUAAUUACUCUUUACCAAGCAGUGAUGGGAGGAUGUUUGUUAUUGUAUUGAUAAUGCUAAUGGUGGCAGAAUCACACUGUGGUUUGAUCUCAACUUAGCGGAUAGAAUUACAGUCAGAGAUCACGAAGCCAAGGUUUUGUUCUGAUCACGUUCAAAUCUUUUCUUAACCUCACUCGUAAACAUUUGGUUCAAGAAAAUAAAAAAUGUACUGUGUGUCAUCAGAGAGGUGCUCGGCUCCUUCCUCGUGUCACUUACAGCCACUGAUUCUGAAA